CCUCCAGUCCUCCUUGCUCUGUCUGGAGCUGACUUUUGCUUAGCACCUUGGACGCCUUCGCUGUCCUUGCUUCCGCGCCCGCUCCCCGCCGACCCGCCGCUCCCAAAUCCCAUCCAAAUUCUUCCGCGUCUUUCAAAGAUCGGAUUUUGGGAGGGGCACCGCCCCCAGAUCGGGGAGGAAUCCCCGUUCGGUCUGGUGGGUUGGCCUCCGCUGCUCGCUUCUUUGCUCUUUUCUCCUCUCACAAGGGCGGCUCUUGGAUGGGCUGCCUGCCGUGCUUCGGGUCGGCUGGUGAGGGGGCGGCCAAGAAGGUUGGUGCGCGGAAGGACGGUUCGUCGGAUCGUCGCGUCACCCGGGUUGAAUCAGAUAAAUCAAAAGCACAGGGUGGACCAGACUCUAAGAAGGAUGCAGUCAUCCUGAGGGAUGAGAACAAUCAACAUAUUGCAGCACACACUUUCACUUUUCGUGAACUUGCGGCUGCCACUAAGAACUUCAGACAAGAUUGCUUAUUGGGUGAGGGAGGUUUUGGUCGUGUUUAUAAAGGACGUUUGGAGAAUGGGCAGGUUGUUGCAGUGAAGCAACUUGAUCGCAAUGGUCUUCAAGGAAACAGGGAGUUUCUGGUUGAGGUUCUAAUGCUUAGUCUGUUGCACCAUGACAACCUAGUCAACCUAAUUGGAUACUGUGCUGAUGGGGACCAACGUCUUCUUGUAUACGAGUUUAUGCCAUUGGGAUCACUUGAGGAUCAUUUGCAUGAUAUUCCACCUGAAAAGGAACCUCUGGACUGGAAUACACGUAUGAAGAUUGCUGCUGGUGCCGCCAAGGGCUUAGAGUACUUGCAUGAUAAGGCAAGUCCUCCUGUUAUUUACAGGGAUUUCAAGUCCUCAAACAUUCUACUUGGUGAAGGGUUUCAUCCGAAGCUAUCAGACUUUGGACUUGCCAAACUUGGUCCUGUUGGUGACAAGACUCACGUUUCAACACGUGUUAUGGGAACUUAUGGCUACUGUGCUCCAGAGUAUGCAAUGACAGGGCAGCUUACAGUUAAAUCUGAUGUAUAUAGUUUUGGUGUUGUGUUCCUUGAACUGAUUACUGGCCGCAAAGCAAUUGACAACACAAAACCCCACGGAGAGCAAAACCUAGUUGCAUGGGCUCGUCCUCUAUUCAAGGACCGCAGAAAAUUUCCUAAAAUGGCUGAUCCAUUACUUCAGGGUCGCUUCCCCAUGAGGGGACUGUAUCAAGCUUUAGCUGUUGCUGCAAUGUGUUUGCAAGAGCAGGCUGCUACUCGCCCCUUUAUAGGUGACGUGGUCACUGCUCUGUCAUACCUAGCUUCUCAGACAUAUGAUCCAAAUGCGCCUGUUCAACAUAAUCGGAGUAAUUCAUCUACUCCGAGGGUUAGCCGAGGUGGCGGGAGCAAUGACCAACGCCGUCUCCGCUCACCGAAUCACCAUUCUCCAGAUUUGAGAAGGGAAGCCACCGCAGCAUCAAAAUACGAAGCUGAGGUUAGCAGGACAAACUCUGGUAGUGGUUCUGGUCGCCGGUCUGGCUUGGAUGAUGUGGAUAUGUCAGGUUCACAAUUGGGUAGUCCUGCUCACGCAGGAAGGAAGAGGGGAUCUCCUAGGACUGCUGAAAGCCAGCGUGCUAUAGCAGAGACCAAAACUUGUGGGGAAAAAUCAAGAGGGAGAAAGUGACCAAACUCUCAGAGCAGCAUUGAAUGUAUGAGCAGAAUGCUGAAGCAGAAGGUUCAUCCACUCAUCAUUCAGAAAGAAAAGAUGAGUUCCUUGCUAGCACCAAACAGGACAUCUUGGUCCCUUGGUCUUUGUGAAUAGAGCUUUCCCCUUUUCCCUUCACCGGCUGUUGUCACUGCUUCGUGACUUCUCCAUACAAAUAUCAUUGCCACCACAACCACCAUCAAAACUCCCAUUCCUGGCAUCUAUUCCUCAUGAAUGUGAUCAUCAUGCUAUGAGCCUUUGUCAUCACGGUGUAUAACAACAUUCGGUUCAAAAUAUUGAGGUGAGGCAAAAAUCUGCACUGGGGAGCACAGGAUCUCACCCAGUGGGUAUCUUCUGUUGCUGUUGCAUGAUGGGUGUCAGCAAUCACACCAUUGUCGAGGGAUGUGAUGUUCUUUUCUUGAAUGGUUUGUACCUGGGGUUACAGCAGUCCACCUGUGUUUGAUACAUCUGUCUUGUAACAUUUUUGUGUUGAGUUGUCAGAACACAUCCUUUAUGCUCUCUGCACCAAAAAACUGUCGUGCCCCUUUCAUCAUAUCUUAUGCAUGCUGUUCUGAAAACUGUUUCUUCCUCCUU